AGUCAGUCCAGUUCCAGUGGUGUAAAAUCUUCAGGUGACGAUCUGUUAUCAGGUUACUGAGCUCCGCUAUGGCUGACACAUCCUCACUGGUGGACCCGAAGAGAAUGACAAAGGCGGAGAGAACUUCCCUGUCAAGAUGGCGGCUCCUUUGACUCUACUUUUGCUCGUAGCCGUUACUAUCCGCGCCGCUCUGUUCAGAUCCAGUUUAUCGGAGUUAAUUGCGGAGAGGGUGGAGGUGGUGUCGCCGUUAACCGCCUGGAAGAGAGUGAUUGAAGGUUUGGCUCUGCUGGAUCUGGGAGUCUCACCGUACUCUGGAGAUGUUUUCCAUGAGACUCCUCUCAUCAUUUACCUCUUUCACUUUGUGGUGGACUAUGCUGAGAUAACAUUCAUGUUGGCGGAUGUGAUCACUGCCGUGGCGCUCUACCUGGCAGUGAAAGACUACAACAAACAAGUGUUCAGAAAGCAGAAGUUUGCUUUGGAGGCAGACCGCUACCCCCUCGACUGUCUGGAGCUCAUCAGAAGCCCCAAAGAAAUGUACUACAUCCCUCUGAAAGUGGCCAUGUUUUACCUGUUGAACCCGUUCACCAUCCUGUCCUGUGUCGCCAAGUCAACCUGCGGUCUGAACAACGCCGUGAUCGCCCUCUUCAUCCUCUCUACGAUAAAGGGAAAUGUUUUGCUCAGUGCCAUAUUUCUCUCCUUGGCCACGUAUCAGUCCAUCUAUCCUCUCACUCUGUGCGCUCCAGCUCUGCUCUAUCUGAUGCAGCGACAGUACAUCCCUGUGAACUUUCGGCGGGCCAGUUUCUGGUGGUUCAUCGUGCAGUACGCCUUCAUGUACCUGGGCAGCCUCUUCGUCAUCAUCUGCCUCUCCUUCUUCCUGCUCGGCUCAUGGGAUUACCUGCCCUCCGUCUAUGGCUUCAUCCUCUCAGUCCCGGACCUGACCCCCAACAUCGGCCUCUUCUGGUAUUUCUUCGCCGAGAUGUUUGAACACUUCCGCCUCUUCUUCCUCUGCGUCUUCCAGAUCAAUGUCUUCUUCUACACCAUCCCUCUGUCCAUCAAACUCAAGGAACAUCCGGUGUUUCUGAUCUUCAUGCAGCUGGCUGUGAUCUCCAUCUUUAAGUCUUACCCCACAGUGGGAGACAUCGCCCUCUACCUGGCCUUCCUCCCUGUCUGGAGUCACCUGCACAGAUUCUUGAGGAACAUCUUCCUGGUGUCCUGCGUCCUGUUGGCGUGUUCGGCUCUGUUCCCGGUCCUCUGGCACCUCUGGAUCUACGCCGGCAGCGCCAACUCCAACUUCUACUACGCCAUAACACUGCUGUUCAAUGUGGCGCAGAUUCUGCUGGUGUCUGAUUAUUUCUACGCCUUCUUGAGGAGGGAGCACCACCUCACCUAUGGUCUGUACCUGAAGAGGAAAGACGGCUCUGAGGCGACACUAGUUCUUAAAUAAAACACAAACACACACUCGCACAGUCUUUAUCAGGACAGAACAAACUGCUCGAGGUCUCACUUUUCCUCAAAGCGAACAAACACAAACUGAGGAGGAUUUAAAACCUCGAGCUGGUUCUCAGACACAUGCAGAGAACAUUUGUCUGGUACAACUUCAUAUGCAAACAACAGAACUACAUCAUACUACACAACAGACACAUGCAGGAUGUAGAAAUCUGACUCCUGCUGUGUGAAACAGCAACUAAACAUCCUCUUCUCCUCUGGAGCGCUCUUAUUUUGAAGCCUUGCUCCACCUGGACCUUCAACGAUUGGUGGGUGCUUUUAUUUUGAAGCCUCCCUCUACCUUGCAGCCAUCCUAGAAGAGUUUUAUUUUGAAGUUCUGUUUAUCCUGCAGCUCACUCUUGGACAGCUUUUAUUUUGAAGCACCAGCUCUCAUGUGGUGUCCCUGUGGAGGGCUUUUAUUUUGAAGUCAACACAAGAAAAUCCUAAAAAUGUGGGAAAACGUCCACUAAUGUGAUAAUACCCAGCUCUCCCACACACAUUUGUGUUGUUUCAUGUUUACCUGAUUAUAUUUGUGUUGACACUGGUACUCGUUUUGGCGGGAAAAACAAGAGGAAAUCAUUUUUUUAAAGGAUCUUUCUGGAAGUCUACAAAUGUCUUUAUCUUUCCCACCACUUUCCUUUAUUUCACGCUGUUUAAUCAUUAAUUAACAAACACCAGAUCGUCAGUGUUGCAUCUCAUCUAAAGUGAAAACCAGUCGAACCAGUCCUAACCUCAUUAUCGUGCAUGAAACAGUAGCGCUACCUGAGACAGCGACCGCUUCAUCUGCCUUUUAAACAAAGAUAUUUGUCUGAAAAUAAGUUGUGAUCCUGAUCACUCGACCUCAGACAGUUUCUGUUUGUACAGAGAGCAUGACGGAUAAAAAAAGACCGUGAACGUGUUUUAAACAACUGCAGUUCAGGAUUUGUGGAGAGCAGAAACCAAGUUUAGGGAGCUAUUUGUUAGUUUUUGUUAUCACUACGUAGCUAACGUUAGCAUUAGCAGCUGUUGCAAAUUUAUAAUCAAACCUCAUUCGUUUGCUCACUAAGAGCUGUGGAACUCAACAUCAUUGUUUUCCAUCUGUUCAUUUCUUCUGCUGAAGUUAGCAUGCUAACAAGCUAGCUCUGGUAGUCUCAUCACUUUCCGAUAGCAACUCUCUGUAGCAUCCAGUCUGUCCCGGAGAAAUGAGGCAUUUUCUCAAGCAUAUUCAGAAGACAUAUUCUAACCUCUGGUGUUAUGAAAGCAAAGAUGGCUGAAGCUCUUGGCGAGCGACCAUCACCGCCACCCGCCUCCGACCAGAAGCUACGUUUAGCGGCAGAGAAAGCUCACAAAAAUCAUUUCAUCAACAGUACCCAAAAAUCAAACUUGAACGCCAUCGCUCUUGUUUUUCCUGUCUUUCCAUUGAAUCACCUUUCGAGAACUUCAUACCAAAAAUAAAAAAACAUGUCUGUCUGUAGUAGAAGCUGCUGCAUUCAGUGCAUCUGCUUCAAAAUCAUCCGUGAAAUAAGCCUUAAACAGCCGUAGAAGUGUUGAGACAGAAAUUUAAAGAUUGUUUAUAUAUAAAUUUAUUUUAUGUUACCCUCAGUGACCACUUUAUUAGGUAUACCUCUAUGAUUGUAGGUAAUCUGUUACAACUGUUCAGCUCUACUUUUAUGUAAUAUGAAGUUAAAGUUGGUCUCCAGUUUAUUAAAAGAUGUUUCUAGUACUCCCUCAGUAAAAGAUAGAUAAUUCACCUUUUUCACCUCUUUGACAGUGUCUAAUAAGAAAAUUACAGACAUCAGAAAAGUCUGUUUUAUGGUUAUAUGAGAUUGUACAGGUGUACCUAAUAAAGUGAUCACUGAGUACAUGAGAUGAUAUGAAGUCCACAGAUGAAUGUUUUUCUUUGGUGAUUGAUUUCUUACGGCCUCUGUGUGAAAAUAACAAUUUUAAUCAACAACAAAUUUCACAAAAUGCUAAUUUAUGGUUUGUAAUUAUUUACAGAUCUAAAAUAAUUUCAACAUCAGACGAGAAUUAUGAGCAAAAAAAGAUUAUUAUAGAUCGACUUUGAUGUGAAAUGAGAAACUGACUGAGUCCAGUUACGAUCAGAGUCUGUUUCUUCUCCCAUGCUUCUUAAACGUCUCGUCAGAAGGUCGAUUUUGAUACCAAUGUUUGAAAAUUAAUUUUUGAUUUAUUUAUUUCCUGCACUGAAAACUUUUCCUUUUUUUUAAUUUGCUUUUUUUUCUUUUAAAUCUCAGAAAAAAAGAGGAGCUCUUCUGUUUUUGAUACUGUAAAUAUGUAUUAAUGUGUUUUGUUACAGAUAUUAAAGUGCAGGGGUUGAAAGGGACGAUGUUAUGUUCGAUGAAUGAGUGAACACGUUAUAAAUGAUGAUUAAUAAACUUGAGGUGUUGGGUUA